AUGUUCGGCAACAUCUCUUCUUGGUUCUCCUCCAAGCAGGAGUCUGCUCCUGCCUGGGAUGGCGCCACUGCCUCGGUCCAGACCCAGCAGCCCAGCAGCCCCGACGCUCCCUCCACUGAGCGCGUUGUCACCGAGCAGCCCAACUCCCAGGAGAACAUGAUGAAGCUUCGCGGUGGUGGUGCCGGCGACGUCUGCUGCGGCGUCUGUGCUGGUCUUAUGUGCUUCGAGUGCUGUGAGGACUGCUGCUAA